AUGAGCAAAGAGGAGGUUGAACGGCGGGUUCCAGAAACACCUGGUCUCGACGCCAUCCUUGGUGUAGAGAACAUGAACAAAGCCAGGCGACUACACUUUGAGACUAAGAGACUUGCCCAUGAGCUUGAUCGGGUAUAUGGUCGACAGCGCAUCAUCCGGAAAGUAAGCCCAUAUAGAGUGCGAAUUGGGGCUACACCUUUUGCGUUCAACAAGCGCGCCGAGUCCGAGACGCACCCUGAAGUCCGAGACGGGAAGAUGUUCCUUGUCGAUAGACUAAUACCAAGCAUCUGGUUGCGGGACAAUUGUCAAUGCAAAGUUUGCACGCAUGACGCCACCAAGCAACGACUUCUGGAUACAUUUUCCAUCCCCGAGGACAUCUCGAUCAAGUCGCACUCGGCUGAAACAAGAGGGUCUGAGACGGUUCACAGAAUUGAAUGGAGUGAUGGACAUGAAAGCGAAUACUCGGGGCCUUUUCUCUCCCAAGCUAUAAACAACGCGAGGUUGAAGGCCGUACAGCGUCAAGCUUUGGUCGACAUCAAACCCUGGGACUCAUCCAUCGCUUCGGGCCCACCAAAGACUCUAUUCGGAUUCUGCUACGUCGAUGAGACGCCUUUCGAGAACCCAGAGGCCACGAAGAAGAUGCUGGGAAAAAUAGCCUUUAUUAGGGAAACGCACUACGGCGGCUUCUACGACUUCACGGCCGACCUAGCGAGCAAGGAUACCGCAUACACCAACAUCGCACUAGAAGCACAUACAGACACUACUUACUUCUCCGACCCAGCCGGCCUACAGGCUUUCCACCUCCUUUCCCACACCGACGGUGAAGGCGGUGCAAGUCUUCUUGUCGACGGCUUCAAAGCUGCGGACGAACUCUGGCACACCGACCGCAAAGCAUACGAGAUUCUCUCAACGGUGAAUGUUCAUGGACACGCCUCAGGCAACGAAGGCAUUUCAAUACAACCCUACCGUGGCUUCCCCGUCCUCGAGCACGACACCGCUACGGGCGACUUGCUCCGCGUCCGGUGGAACACGUCAGAUAGAGCAUCUAUUGAGCUUCCUAUCGAAGAAGUUGAGACAUGGUACGACGCAGCUCGCAAGUUCGACGCGAUACUCAAGAAAAAGGAGAAUGAGUAUUGGGAACAGCUUGUGCCGGGUAGAGUGCUCAUCUUCGACAACUGGAGAGUGCUGCAUGGACGGAGUAGCUUCACAGGGAAGCGCAGGAUCUGUGGGGCGUACAUCAAUAGGGAUGAUUGGAUUAGCAAGUUCAAGAUGCGGCAUUUUGGAGAAGAGAAUGUGCUGAAGGGGUUGGCUGUAAACUAA